AUGCUUGUUCCUGGGGAGUUGAACAUCGAGUCCGACGAGUCGAUCGUGGGUGCCGCUGUGGAAAUAAAGGCCCAGCAUGGCAAGGUCGAUGUGGUCAUCAAAAACGCCGGCGCCCAGUUUGAACAACGGGAGAUCGUCGGGAAGAUGAGCGAGCGGGAGAUGCGCGUUGAGCAACAACAGAUCGCCGGGAACAUGAGUGCGCGGGAGAUGUGGAACCGGUCCUGGAAUGUCAACACCGCCGGCACGCAGAUCCCCACCGCCACCAUAGCGCCCUUGCUGCGCCAGAGUAUCCACCCCUCGCCUGCUCUGCAUCACAUUCAACGCGCCGAGCUUGGCAGGAACGAAGGACCCAAGCCAAGGGAUGACCCAAGACGGCGCCUGCCGGAGCGACAAGACGGGGCUCAACAUGCUGACGCUUGA